CUCUUUUCGGAUGAGAAAUGCUUGCUUAAGGAGCGGAAGUAAGAAGGGUGGAUGUUGAUAAGCCAUGUCGCAACAAAGGGUCCUACCCCAGAGCAAAGAAACACUCCUCCAGUCUUAUAACAAGAGAUUGAAAGAUGAUGUCAAAUCCAUCAUGGACAACUUUACGGAAAUCAUUAAAUCUGCAAAGAUCGAAGAAGAAACGCAAGUGUCUCGUGCAACACAAGGCGAACAGGACAACUAUGAGAUGCACGUCAGAGCAGCAAAUAUUGUCCGAGCCGGUGAGUCCCUCAUGAAGCUGGUGUCAGAUCUGAAACAAUUCUUAAUCCUUAAUGAUUUUCCUUCGGUCAACGAAGCCAUCAACCAACGCAAUCAACAAUUGCGGGCUCUCCAAGAGGAAUGCGACAAGAAACUGAUUGCGCUGCGGGAUGAAAUCUCCGUCGACCUCUACGAACUGGAAGAGGAAUAUUACUCUUCCAGGUACAAAUAAAAUCCACGGAGAAGCUUUUAUAACCA